CACUAGUUUCAGAAAUUCUAGCAGUGGUGCUUGCAAGUUCCCUCCCAUUGUCUUCCAUCCUUCAGAUCUCUCUCUGCACUCAUCUCAACCACUCUCGAUCUCUUCUGUUCUUCUCAAAUCCCACAAUCUCAUCAGAUUGAAUUGUUUGUUGAGAAUUGGCGCUCGAUUCAAUCUGAUUGAUUCACAAUGGCUUCCCCAAACAACCACAACCCUCCUCCACCCACCAUUCCCUUCGACAUGCACUCCUUCUUCAACCCCCAACCACCACCACCACCUUCCUCUAACCCUAACCCAAACCCUAACCAUAACCCUUCCUCCUCCUACCCUCCCCCCUUUCACUUCCCCAACUUCGACCUCCCUCUCCCUCCCCACCCCCACCACCGCUCCAUCUCCUUCCCCACCCAACCCAUCCCUCCCCCUUCCAACCCCAACGCCGGCGCCCGCCUCAUGGCCCUCCUUGGUAACCCCUCCCCCGCCCCGCCGCAGCCCCCGCCGCCCGAGUUCGUCCCCGUCUCCUCCUCUGCCGUCCUCGCCGCUGCCUCCGCCGCUGCCGCGGCCCUCACGCGCCUCCCCAGCAGUAAGGUCCCCAAGGGAAGACACUUGGCCGGGGAGCUCGUGACUUACGACGUCGACGUGAGGCUGCCCGGCGAGGUCCAGCCCCAGCUCGAGGUGGCUCCGAUUACGAAAUACGGGUCGGAUCCUAACCCGGUUCUAGGGAGGCAGAUUGCCGUGAAUAAGUCGUAUAUAUGCUAUGGCUUGAAACAGGGGAACAUUAGGGUGCUUAAUAUUCACACUGCUGUCAGGUCCUUGCUCAGAGGCCACACUCAGAGGGUCACAGACUUGGCGUUCUUUGCUGAAGAUGUUCAUCUCUUGGCUAGUGUUGGCACAGAUGGCCGUGUCUACAUGUGGAAGAUAACUGAAGGCCCAGAUGAUGAAGAUAAGCCUCAAAUUACUGCCAAUAUUGUUAUUGCUGUUCAAAUAGUGGGGGAGGAGAAAGUUGAACAUCCUCAAAUUUGCUGGCACUGCCACAAACAAGAGAUUUUGAUAGUUGGUAUGGGAAAACAUGUUUUAAGGAUUGAUACCACAAAAGUUGGAAAUGGUGAAGCCUUUGUGGUAGAUGAUCCUCUGAGAUGUCCUGUGGAUAAGCUCAUUGAUGGGGUUCAGCUGGUAGGCACACAUGACGGGGAGGUGACUGAUUUGUCGAUGUGCCAAUGGAUGACCAAUCGAUUGGUAUCUGCGUCACAAGAUGGCACGAUAAAGAUCUGGGAAGAUCGCAAGACACAACCACUUGCGAUUUUGAGACCACAUGAUGGGAAUCCGGUUUUUUCUGCUACAUUUUUUACUGCUCCUCACCAGCCUGAUCAUAUUGUCCUUAUCACAGCAGGACCACAAAAUCGGGAAGUAAAGCUUUGGGUCUCAGCAAGUGACGAAGGUUGGCUGCUCCCAAGUGACACUGAAUCAUGGAAAUGCACUCAGACACUGGAGUUGAAGAGUUCAGCUCAACCUUCUAAGGAUGCAUUCUUUAAUCAAGUUGCAGCAUUGUCUCAUGCAGGUCUGCUUUUACUUGCAAAUGCCCAGAGGAAUGCUAUAUAUGCUGUGCAUUUAGAAUAUGGUUCUAAUCCAGAAUCAACACGCAUGGAUUAUAUAGCCGAGUUUACUGUGACCAUGCCCAUUCUGAGUUUUACUGGGACCAGUGAUAUAUUGCCUCAUGGUGAACAUAUUGUUCAGGUUUAUUGUGUUCAGACACAGGCUAUUCAGCAGUAUGCUUUGGAUCUGGCUCAGUGCUUGCCUCCGCCAUAUGAAAAUGUGGGACUAGAGAAGUCAGAUUCCAGUGUUUCACGCGAUCCUAUUACUGUUGAAGGAUUCCACUCUUUAGAUUCUUCUGCAGGUAGAACAACUGAAAUGUCUUUAGCCAGUUCUGCUCCCAAAACAAUGUUACAAACAAGUAGUAAUGAGGGUGGACUUGUGGCACGAUACCCUUUAAGCUCUGGCCAUGUUGAGGCACCUAUUUCUAGAGGAAUCAGCAGUUCAAAUACUGAAGCUAAACCUGCUACAUUACCUCCUUCCAGUAGUGAUGCUGAUAUUGUUUGUAUUCCAUCUUCACCUCUUCCUUUGAGCCCAAGGUUAUCUAGGAAACUCUCUGAUAUCAGAAGUCCACAAUCCAACUUGAGUGAUCAUGUUGGGGACCAUCCCGUUAAUGAUUAUUCAAUAGACAGACAAAUGGAUACAAUUCACAGGAACUUGUCUGACCCAUUGAAUAGUGAUUCAAAGAAUGAUGAGAAGAAAAUGAAGCAGGAUGACAUUUCUAGUGUACUUAAUCCUUCUGUCUUGUUUAAGCAACCAACUCAUCUAAUUACACCAUCUGAGAUCACCAAAGCUGGUUCCUCCUCUGAGACUAAUAUAAUUGAUAGGAAAAAUGAGGGAGAAGCAAAGAUCCAGGAUGUUGUUGAUGUAGGUAAUGCUGAAGUGGAAGUGAAAGUGGUGGGUGAGACAAGAUCUAAUCAAAGUGAUGAAUUUGGUGGGCAAGGGUCUCAACAACCUUCAGUUGCUGAUAGUAAAGAAAAAUUAUUUUGCUCUCAGGCUUCAGAUCUUGGUAUUGAGAUGGCCCGGGAAUGCUGUUCGAUAUCUGAGGAUACAUACCUUAUGGAGGAACCUGGGCAACUUGAUUCAACAACAGGAGGGGACUCACUGGCUCAACCGCUUGAUGCCAGUGAGGAUGGACUCCAAGACUUUGCAAAAGAUGCCCAUGAAAAGGUUUCUGACUCAUCUACAUCUGUGGCAGUGCCACCAUCUCCUGCACCUAAUGCAAAAGGGAAAAGGCAGAAGGGUAAAAAUUCUCAACCAGCAGGCCCAUCUUCCUCAUUUCCAAGUGCGUGCAAUUCAACUGAUUCAUUCAAUGAACCAAUUGGAAAUUCUAGCCUCCCAUCUGCUGAAAAUGCUUUCCCCCAAAUUCUGGCAAUGCAAGAAUCGCUCAAUCAGUUAUUGACAAUGCAAAAAGAGAUGCAGAAGCAAAUGACAAUGAUGGUUGCUGUUCCAGUGACAAAAGAAGGUAGAAGGCUUGAGGCUGCCCUAGGGAGAAACAUGGAAAAAGCUGUCAAGUCCAACAGUGAUGCUUUGUGGGCUCGAAUUCAGGAGGAGAAUGCAAAAAGUGAAAAGUUGUUACGAGACCGUAUCCAGCAAGUUACAGGUUUGAUUAGUAACUUUAUGAAUAAGGAUCUACCAGUGAUACUGGAGAAAACAGUAAAGAAGGAAAUGGCUUCAGUUGGGCAAGCAGUAGUACGUGCAAUGUCUCCUGCUGUGGAGAAAAUAAUAUCUUCUUCUAUUGUGGAGUCCUUCCAGAGAGGAGUGGGUGAUAAGGCAGUGAACCAACUUGAUAGAUCAGUUAAUUCAAAACUUGAAGCUACUGUAGCUAGGCAAAUCCAAGCGCAAUUUCAGACAACUGGCAAACAGGUGCUUCAGGAGGCACUCAAAUCCAGUUUUGAAACAUCAGUGGUUCCUGCAUUUGAGAUGUCGUGUAAAGCCAUGUUUGAGCAAGUGGACGCUACAUUUCAGAAAGGCAUGGUUGAACAUUCAACUGCUGUGCAGCAACGCCUUGAAUCUGCACCCACUUCGUUGGCAAUGACACUAAGGGAUUCUAUUAAUUCAGCAUCAUCAAUUACUCAAACCUUGAGUAGAGAAGUGCUUGAGGGCCAGAGAAAGCUAGUGACGCUCGCAGCUACAAGAACAAACUCUGGCACAUUAAAUACUCUGCCUGUCCAGCUAAACAAUGGUCCUUUACUUCAUGAAAAGGUCGAGGUGCCUCUAGAUCCCACACAAGAGCUAGCUAGGUUGAUUUCUGAACGGAAAUAUGAGGAGGCUUUCAUUGGAGCUCUACAUAGAAGUGAUGUAUCCAUUGUAUCUUGGUUAUGUACUCAGGUUGAUUUACACGGACUUUUGUCAAUGGUUCCUCUUCCUUUAAGCCAAGGUGUACUGCUUUCACUUCUGCAGCAAUUGGCCUGUGAUAUUAACAACGAUACACCGCGAAAGAUUGCGUGGUUGACAGAUGUGGCUGCUGCCAUAAAUCCGUCAGACCUGACGAUUGCAAUGCACACACGAUCCAUCUUUGAGCAAGUCUAUCAGAUACUGAAUCAUCAACGUAGCUUGCCUACAAUGACUGGAGCUGAUCUCUCUAGUAUCCGUCUUUUAUUGCAUGUCAUAAACUCCAUGCUUAUGACAUGUAAAUAAUUUUUUUUCAUCUCGUUUUCCAGAAAUGUGCAAACCCUUCGCCUUGUGAACUUAUAAUAUGAUAUUGGAAUUUUGUACAAAGCUCAGUGAGUUUCGUUGUAACUUGUAAGGAUGGAAAUCGAGUAGUCAGUGUUGACAGGUAGUUCAUCUUUGAAAAUAUUCUGCAGCAACAAAAUUAGUUUUGACUGAAUUUAAAUGCUCCACUCCAUACGGAAGCAAUAAUUUCAAAAUGUGAUUUAUAAUUGACCUAUCAA